GUUCAGUUACAGUAUCACAUCGUACUCUCGCAUUUCAAUUACAACCAAUUUUAUAAUCGAAAAUGGCGAAAGUUCUUAUUGUAUGGUUGCAACCAGAACGUGAUUGCGGGAAAGAAGAAGUAGUGUCGUCUUCUAGGAUCAAGUCAAAACAAUACGCAGUAGGAGAUGAAGUGAAGGUGAAAUAUCGAAGUACCUUCUAUAAGGCUCAAGUUAAAAGAAUGCCCGGUGGAAAGAGUAAUGUCAGACGCAGCAACGAAGAUCUUUCUCUAUCGAAGAUUUCAAAGCCUGUUACCAUAGACACGGUCAUUGACAGCACGGCAAACUCACCACCACCUACGCCUACAAUUGAACAAUCUACAUUCAAUUCUAUUUUAGAAUUACUACAUACCAUUCGACAUGAUCAAAUGAAGAUGAUGUCAGAUAUCCAAAAGAUCAAAGCUGAUGUUCGACUUAUCAACGAAAACCCGCAUCAUAUGGAAUAAUUUCACAUCUAUCUCCAUCUCAUCGACAUUAGACAGACAUUACAGCGACCAGUUUGGAAGACAGUUGAGGGAUAGAGGCAAAUGUAAAGUGGACUUUGUUCACUGUAUUUUAUUACAACUACACUUCAUAGUUGAACUACAGUGAAAACAUGUAUCAUUUUUCUGGAAUGAUUUAAAAUACUCAAUUACUCCGUAUUUGACUAGUUUCUUCAAGUCAUAUUAUUCACAUGAAUUGUCCACCGACUUGUAAACACCUUUGUUAUACAUAAACUCUCCAAGCAUAUUUGAAUAGACGUGUGAAAAAUCAAUCUUCGUGGUCGAAUCUCGACUGGUUUUCUUAUUUUAAUGCGCAAAACCCAAACUAUGUGUGAGAAUCUUUGAAAUCGCUCUCGUUAUUCUCCACUGAUUAUGACAUUAUUAAUAUUUUAUUUAGCCGAGUUGUUGAAUGGGUUUUACUAUCAUUUUACUAUGAAAAUUUAUUUUCAAUGACGCAAUAAAAUAUUAUUUUUAUUCUCUUA